AUGGCCGCCACAGUUAACUCGGUGACCGUCCCUUAUAUGGAGGUUACUACGGCGACACUGUCGCUAACAGCCCAAUCCACUGAUGGAGCCGAUUCGGUCCAUCUUCAUCCCAAAGCAUCCUCUUCCUCCUCCUGCCACGGAUUUCCGGCCACGCCCCCUCCACAUCCGGCCCUGCCCCUUCACCAGGUCAAGCAGAAAUUGAGGGCUCUGGGCCAAUGGGAGUGCAGGGAGGACAGGGCCUGCAGCGGAGCCCUCUGUGACAUCACGCGGAGGGGGCGGGGCCAUGAUUAG